CCUGUGAGUUCGCUGGUUGCUAUCAUUUUUAGGGCCGCUAUCAGUCACUUGCUGUCAUCACCUGUCUACAGUAUGAGAGCGGAGCCACCUACUGGCCCACCGCAAUUGGUGCUGAUCCUGAAUAUGCUUCUACUUAAGGGAAGCUAUAGCUAGGAAGACUUCCAAAGACGCUGCGGAGAGCCAACUAGCUGGCGUGUCACGGACUUGCGCUUGCCGAAUGGGGCCGGAAAUAUCGAAACCUCCACUAUUUAUACCCCUAAUCUAGGUCGUGCAAACGUCUGCUCUUGGGUCGGGCUCUCCAUAAGAGUGUAUAGACGGUUUCGUUCCAGCUUGAAUGCCCUUGUGAUAGGGAGCUACACCCCAGCUGCACCCGGGGAGCGGGUUACAGCUUCUUCUAGUGGAAUCGCUGCGCACGACCACCCAGACGUGGAGUUGACGUGACCUGGCCUACAUGAUGUGUUCGCCCUAGGCCCCACUAACUAUAUCCCGCGAUGGGGUGCGGGGGCAGCAAGCAGCUCGUAGUACCAAUCCAUGACGAUCUUCAUGAUCGCGACAAUGGCGAGGGCCCGGGCUCGUCGCCUGCCGUUGCUCAUCGAGGCAUCGGUGCAAAGUCGGUUCGCCUUCUGGGCGGAUCCGUCAGCAAACGGCAAAUUGACCGUAAAGUCAAUCGCUCGUUCUUUGACAAAUCGCGCUCAGCUAAGGGGUUUAAGGCGGCCAAAUCGAGGCGAGCUUCGCUGGUGGCGUUCAACAGCCGGACACCAAACCGUCCCGAUGCGUCCCCGCAUCAGGACGGCAAGCCAGCAGCAGUCGGGGGAACAAAAAGCCGCUUCGCUCGGAGCCUCAUGGCUGUCACGGACGCCGUGUUCGGGCCGCCACCGGAGUGGAUCCUGCGCCAGACCGCCCCCAUCAAGAGUCAGUACCAAUUCCUAAACGUAGUGGGGCGAGGCCAGUUCGGACAGGUCUACUGCAUCCGCUCCCUCCAGCCCGGCGGCGCCAGGUACGCCUGCAAGACGCUGGGCAAGCGCAAGCUGCUGUCGCAGCUGGACGCGGAUGACAUCAAGCGCGAGAUCGAGGUGAUGCACCACCUGAGGGGGCACCCCGCGGUGGUGGGGCUGCAUGGGGUGCUGGAGGACGAGCGGCACGUGUACCUGGUGAUGGACCUGUGCGGCGGGGGGGACCUGUACGAGCUGCUGAGGGAGGCAAGGUUCCUGGGUGAGGAGCGCGCGGCGCCGCUGAUGCUGCAGGCGCUGCGGGCGGUGCAGUACUGCCACUCCAUGGGGGUGCUGCACCGGGACAUCAAGCCGGAGAACUUCCUGCUGGCGCGGAAGGGCGAGCUGGGCAGCAUCAAGCUGACGGACUUUGGGCUGUCGACGUUCUACCAGGAGGGCCAGGUGUUCACUGAGCUGCUGGGCAGUCCCUACUACAUAGCACCCGAGGUCAUCCGCCAAAAGUACGGCCGCGAGGCGGACAUCUGGUCCUGCGGCGUCAUGCUCUACAUCAUGCUCUGCGGCGAGGCGCCCUUCUUCGGCGAGGGCGACGAGGGCAUCUUCAAAUCCAUCAUGCGUGCCAAGCUGGACUUCAGCUUCGAGCCCUGGCCCAGCCUGUCUGCGGAGGUCAAGGCGCUACUGCGGCGCAUGCUGGUCAAGGACCCCCGGGAACGGGCGUCCCUUGAGGAGGUCCUCGCGCACUCCUGGUUUGCCAGGUUUGCAGGGGCCAGCAGCUUUGACCCGGUCCUAGGCUGCGGACCGGGUGUGGGGGCGGCCAGCGGCAGAAUCAGCGGAGACUCCUCGGCGCCGGCAGCAGCAACGAGUCCGGCAGCCAUGCCGCUGGUGGCUGGCCGCACAGGUGCACCUGCAAGCAUCCUCCCGCCCCUGCACUCGGGGGCUGUCCCUCGACCGCCGCCGCAGUCCUCCUGUCUGGGUCCUUUUUCCGGACCCUCCGCGCUUUCCUCCUCUUCCGCAUUCUCCGCGGCGAGCAACGAGAACCCGCUGUUUCACCGGCUGAAGCGCUACUGCGCCGCCAGUCGCACCCGCAAGGCGGCGUUGCGGUACAUUGUGGCAGGUGCGCUUCCCGAGGAAGUGACGGCAGGGCUGUGCAACCUGUUUGCGGAUUUCGACGCGGAUUGUGAUGAGGUGGUGGACGUGCGGGAGCUGCAGCAGGGCUUCCUGCGGCGGGGGGUGGUGCUGCUGGAGGAGGAGGCGGCGGCGCUGGUGCAUGCGGCUGAUUUGGAUGGAGAUGGGGUGCUGAGUCUGGUGGAGUGGCUUGCAGCGACGAUACACAUAGCGGAGGGACAGGUUGACUCGCUGGUUUCGGAGGCGUUUGCCUACAUAGACGCCGACGGAGACGGUUUCCUAUCGCUGGAAGAGCUAGCUGACUUUCUGGGGGGAGCAACCGACCUGCAGACAGCAGCAGCAGCAGGAGGAGGAGCAGCAGCAGGAGGAAGAGGGCCCGGGGGGUUGAUGGGGCAGCAGGCCUGGCAGCUAGCUGAGCUCAUCAUAGCAGAGGGGGAUCUGGACGGCGACGGUCGUCUCAGCGGUCAGGAGUUUCGAGUGGCGUACGACAUGAUGGUGGAUAAGUCGCGGGUGGUAUCGCGGGCGGAGAUGGCGACGGCGACGGCUGCUGGGGGAAGGUGGAGC